GUAACAUAAUCUCAUCUUGCACUAAACUUUUGUCGCAUUAUUAGAUCUUUUUAAAUCCAAAGUUUAUUUAUUAUUUUAUAAAUUAAUGAUAUAAUUUCUAAACAAGUUAUUUAAAGAAUUAAAUAUAUCGUAUAUUAAUAAUUUUAAAAUAUAUAUAAUUAACGUGAAUAUUAAUUGAGUAAUUUUUUGAAUAAUCUUGAAUAAUUUUUUUCGAAUUUUCCAUAUUUAAAAUUUUAAGAAAUUAUAUUAUUAAGAGUAUAUAUAAUGGAACGCCCAAUCGCUUAUUUAACAAGAAAAGAAGUAAUAUCCAGCUGUCAUCGUUUACAUAAUGAAAAUUUAACUGAAGAGGAAAAUAAAAAAAUAUACGGAAAAUGUAACAAUUAUUGGGGACAUGGUCAUAAUUAUACAGUUGAAGUGACUGUAUGUGGACCUGUGGAUUCCAUAACAGGUAUGGUCAUGAAUAUAUCAGAUUUAAAAUUAUAUAUGAAAAAAGUAUUAAUGGACCAAUUAGAUCAUAAAAAUUUGGAUAAAGAUGUACCUUAUUUUAAAAAUGUCAUUUCUACUACUGAAAAUGUAGCUAUCUAUGUUUUUAAUGAAUUAAAAAAAAUUAUGCCAAAUUCAGAUCUUUUAUAUGAAGUUAAGAUUUUUGAAACUGAUAAAAAUGUUGUUAUUUAUAGAGGAGAAAAAAAAUAAUUGUUAAUUUUUUUUAUAUAAUGAAA